CGGCGCUUUUAGUUGGCAGGACCAGAGAUGGACCAACGGUAGAAACAAAUCCCAUCGUCGCGGAGUCUCAACGAUGACGGAAUAACCGUGAAAUAAUGUGAAAACGGUCACCGGAACCAUCGUCCUCUCUCGUUUUUAACCGUCGCCGGUAGCUUCACCCUCGCGGGUUCUUUGAACAUUAAAACAAUGGCUUCUGGUUCGCCGUCGUCCUCGCCGGACACUGCGACAGGCUCUGGUACUGAUCCAGCCCGGCCCGACACAGGGGAACCUUUCGGCGGAGCAGGCUCGGAUUCGGACUCGGACUUGGGUUUGGGUAAACUUGACUGUGGCGCUAUGGGGGAGCGGUUGGAAGGCGAGGAGCUUGAGCGGGAGUUCGACUUUGCAGCCGACCGAGUUAAAGACUUGAUCCAGACGGCGAGCAGGGAGCAGCUGCUGUACCUGUACGCCCGCUACAAGCAGGUCAAAGUUGGAAAAUGCAACACAUCUAAGCCGGGUUUCUUUGACUUUGAAGGACAGAGAAAGUGGCAAGCCUGGAAGCAGCUUGGAGACAUGGAUGCAGAGCAGGCAAUGCAAGAAUACAUAACCUGUGUUAACGCGCUGGACCCUGAAGGCAUCGCAAAGGAAAGACGGGGAGCAGAAAGGAGGACCGGCUUUGGAGGAGCAACAGUCAGCUCCCUGUACCAGGAGGAGACGAUAAGGGAGGAGGACAAGAACAUCUUUGACUACUGCAGAGAAAACAACAUUGACCACAUCAACGAUGCCAUCGGCUCCCAGAAAGUGGAUGUCAAUGCUAAAGAUGAGGAGGGCCGCGCUCUCCUGCACUGGGCCUGUGACCGAGGACACAAGGAGCUGGUGUCGGUUCUGCUGCAGCACAAAGCAGACAUCAACCUUCAGGACAAUGAAGGACAGACAGCGCUACAUUAUGCAUCGGCGUGCGAGUUUGGCGAGAUCGUAGAGCUUCUCCUCAAAGCGGGGGCGGACCCCUCCAUCAAAGACAUGGAGGGCUCUCUUCCUGAGGAGGUGACCGAAUCCAGCGCCAUCUCCUCCCUCCUGCGUCAGUAUACUGCUCCAAAAGGCUAAACCAGCGGCCUUCCUGUCUCCUGCCGGGCCCUGACCCCGUCCCACAUCUCACCCCCGCUCCCGCCCCCCAUCACCUCCAGAGACGCUGUAGUUUGUAGACCUGAAAUGGUUUGUUUCCUUUUAACUCCAGGUUCUGAGAUGACUCUGUAGUUCCACUGAAGAACAGUAACUGUACCAUUUAAUGAGGAGCACUGCAUGAGAAUGUACAGUCUGCAUAGGAAGCAUCUCCACUGUGGGAUUUGAUCAUUCAACCGUAGAGAUCUGUGGACCAUGCUGAGAUGUUGGACUGAGGCAGUUUUGACAAUUUUCUGUCAAAUAACACCUUUGUUUGCAAUAUUAGGGGAGGCGAUCAUCACUGAGAGGAUUUGUCUGCUUUCAGGUCCCCUAAAAAAUCCGCUUUCACGCAGACUGUUGACCACCAGAAACUCCAGCAGGGAUGUUUUGUCAUAGACAAAUUAAAGGCUUCCAAAUAACCAUAACAUGCAUUUCAGCCACUCCUGAGGUGUCCUGGGACUUCACCUCCAGUUUUCUCCCAGUUCAGUUUUCAUCUUCUGACGUGUCUCUUGAUUAAAGUCUUCAGUCAAGCA